AUGUCACUGCGGAUGACUGCGGAUCACACGUUCUCAACCACAGCCCAGCCGGUUCACGCCCUGCCAGAUCCCUCACCGAUCCAUGCCCGCAUCCCUUCCAUCUAUGUAGGCUGUGAUUUGUCCCCACCCGACCGGUUAUCUUCCCCCACCCGACCAGUUCUAUUCCCUCACCCAACUGGAUCUCUUCCCUCACCUGACCGGUUCUCUUCCCUCACCCAACCGGUUCUUUGUCCGGCAUCCUGGAUUUUUCUAUUCACCUCACGGCUUUCACACUCCAUGUCUCAACCACACGGAAACCACCAAACCGGUUAUGGUGGCGUACCUCUUUAUUCGGCCCAACACCACCAUGCACCUCCCAGCGUCAGCAAAUCUGGAUCUGAGAUUUACCCCCUUGGACGUUUCUCUCCGGGCAUGGGGCACCCCAACUCUUACGUUGGACCAAACCUCUUUGGAAAUCCUGCUCAAGCCCCUACUUGCUCGCGCGGUAUCAGCGCCUCCCCUCAUGAUUACCAAUCCUUUCAGAAUUCAUCUGGCUUCCCAGUCGCUGCGCGUGGUAAUCCGGUCCAGCUUUCACACUCUCCUGCCUCUCACUCAAACUACUCUGGCCACAUUGGCCCACAGGGGCACCAUUCCCAAGUUCUGUUCCUGCAAUCCCCUCUUGAGCGCGCUGCACCCCCUACUCAAUUGUUGCAGUCCACACCGCAAGGUUCUCCGUUCAAAUACACUUUUUCAUCUCCGCUUCCUGGAAGAAAUCCAUCUUUCCAGUUCUCCGCCCCUUCUGUCUCGAAACCGCCUCCGAAAAAGCGUGCCCCACGUCGCAAAGCGCCUUCUCGUCCUUGCGCCAAGGAUGUGGUCCCACCUGAGCCAACCCCAGCAGCUCCUGCCGAAAUUAAUUCAGCAGAAACCCAGAUGCGCAUUCCGUUGUCCGAUGCUCCUUGA